AUGUCCCGAAGACAGCGCCUCUUGGGCCUAGCUAAGACUACAAGAGACAACUAUAUACCCAAGAUCACCACAUCGGUAUCGUCGCUAGCCGCGGGGGCAUCAAGAGCAUUCACCAACCCGGGGGAAAUUUGUGAUGAUGAUGGCAGGGUGGUACUACCCAAGGACACGUCGAUCCAACUCUUCCCAACGUACACUCGACAAAGAAACAACAAGUACUAUGUCGACGUGGCAGGAUGGGUUUCGGCUCCCGGACUGCUAAAUAACCGAAGAAACCGCAUGAUUCUUACCGUGAUUCGCAAAUCCAUGAGACAGAAGGAUGGCCAAUUUGCCAACCAGGAGAUUGAGAGGUUGGAGCAUGACUCCAGCUUGAACCAAGAAGUGUUCAACCCUAACCUGCCGCUGGCUUCCGAUGCCGAUGCCGAGUCAAUUGGCUCAUCGGAGUCGGACCAAAGCUCAUUUGUGCUGAUUGAGGGCUCACCAAACUCGGAAGAUAAGAUGAAGGAACGGAUUGCGGCAUUUUUCGCCAAGUCGAUCCCGAAUACGCAGUUGAGGAUCAGUGUUGGCUCCGAGAGUAGCGUUGCGAGGAUCAACGACGCCUACAUCUUCACAGACGAAACGGGCCAUUUUGCAACCACCAUUGAAGUUGACUAUAAGCCCUCGGUGGUGCUGGCGAGUUCAACCAUGGCGGAAACGGUGUUUGCAUUCCAAGAUGUCAUGAUCUACCCAAGCACGGGGUUGGGGGUGAUUAGUGACAUUGACGAUACCGUCAAGAUCACCGGCGUCACUGGCGAUAAACGACUAAUGCUCCGGAACUUGUUGGUGGAGGAUUUUGAAACUUGGAAUAUCCCGCCCAUAGUCAAUUGGUACGCUCUGCUUUACAAGAGGAAAGACGUCAAUUUCUUUUACGUUUCCAACUCACCAUGGCAGUUGUUCAACUCGAUAAACUUGUAUUUCAAGCUUGUGGGUUUGCCCAGCGGGUCGAUCCAUUUGAAGAAAUGGGUCGGAAAUAUCAUCUCGUCAUUGCUAGAGCCGUCCCAAUCGCGCAAGAAAAGAGCUUUAAACAGAAUCCUCGAGGAUUUCCCCGAGAAAAAGUUCAUUUGCAUUGGUGACUCGGGCGAGCAAGAUUUGGAGGCAUACGUUGACCUAGCCCGCGCUUUCCCAAAUCAAGUCUUGUCGAUAAAUAUCCGGUACGUGGAGAAUUCAUUUUCCGAUGACGAUGAUCAACGGAUAUAUAAGGAGUUGAUGCGGCUCAUUGCUAAGAAGAGAAUGGCAGCUACAAUGGCUAGCAAUGCCACUAGCAACACUAACACCGACAACACCGACAACAACACCACAACAGCAGUGGCUAAUAACGCCCCUGUUGCGAUUGCGCCCGAUUUGGAAACAAACUCCGCCGAGCCGGAACGGGAAAUCAUGCAAAAUCUAAUAGACUUGGACGGGCCAGCAGUCAAGCCCAAGAGAAAAGCACCGCCAAUGGUGCCCAAAAAGCCCAUGAGUCUCCGCAGCCCAUCGCUUGACGGAAAGCUAGGACUGCCCACCCCGUCAUUGGUCUCUGAUCUCGCUAACUCGGUCGAGAUCCCCAAUGGGUCGAGACCCUCGUCUUCCAACAUUGCCUCCGACGGCCAUUGGAUGGAAGGAGAAAACCUACCUCCUUUACCACCGCGUCGUCCUCGAUCGUCGAUGAUGCGGCCACGGAUGGAACAGAGCUAUGAAGAUGAGUUGGAUGAGAUUUGCAACUCGCCGGGGUUUAUGGAUUUGGAGGAGACGGAUAAAAAGGGCGCGCAAUGGAUUAGAAGAAUCAUCAUCGCUAUACAUGCAUUGAAGAACACCAACACCAAGAUUAACAUUUUCAUGGAUACCGACGCGGAGUUUUUCAGUGACAGUUCUGCGCACAUUGAAGAAAUAUUGAGAGUUAACUAG